UGCUAGGCGAGGGCCGGUGGAUACGGUCUCCGGGUCCGCGUGGACGGCGUCGGGACUCGGGCUGCCCCUGGCCGGAAGUCGGCAGGGUCUGCGGGUCGGGGCGUGGCCUGAGCGCCGGGACCAGACUGUUUUUCUCUGCUUCCCGGAAUGCGGUGGACGUGUUCCCAUUCGGAUUCCUUCCUGCAUGCGCUCUGUCUCGGGCCCCUCACUGCAACUGGAACACGGGCGUCUAGUCCCCAGGACCUGACUUCAUAGACACUUGGUUCUGCGUCCGCAAGCGACCUUGGUCAAGGCGUUUGAUUUCCUUCUUCGCAGAGAAAAGUUGUGAAAACUUGCGGAACGGCAGCUUAAUUCGGGGGGGGGGGGUGUCCAGAUUUUAUAGCGGGACAAUUCAGGUUUUCCUUCUGCAUUUCUCUUCCUGUUCACUGUCAUUGUGACCGUGGUCAAGGCAUUUGAGCCUCUGCUCGCUUGCUUGGAAACCAAGAAUCUGUUGUGAGCCUCGAUGAAGUAAUUGUGAAAGAUGCUUUAGCCUGUAAAUGAGGAAAAUACAGCAUCAGUUUUUCACGAUCACUAUCUUGAUUCGACAUGGAGAAGGGAGAAUGGCUGUCUUUGCUGCAGAUGCCUCUGUGGACUAUGUAUGCCUGUCUCAGAGUGAUUGUGGAAGUCAAAAUGUGGCUGUGUGCUCAUUCACCUUGGACUCUGGAUAGCACCAUCAGUGAUGAGAACAGAGCCGUCAUUGAGAAAAUGCUGUUGGAAGAAGAGUAUUAUUUGUCUAAUAAAUCACUUCCAGGAAAAUUCCGGGUUAAUCAAAAGGAAGAUGAUAAAAAAUGCACAAACAGAGUACAUUCUCCUACAAAACAAGCCAGUUAUUCAGUAAAGUGGACAGUACAGGAAAAAGAACUGUUUGAACAAGGACUGGCUAAAUUUGGCCGAAGGUGGACCAAAAUCGCAACACUAGUUGAAAGUCGCACAGUUUUACAAGUGAAGAGUUACGCCAGACAGUACUUUAAAAAUAAGGUAAAGUGGAGUAUGGAGAAAGAAACACCAACUCAGAAGAGCAGCAGUGAUCUUCAGGUCAAAAAAAAAGAUGAAAGGACAAAGGUGUGGUCAGCAUCUUGUUUAAGGGGGCGUGCUGAUCCUAACUUGAAUGCUGUAAAAAUUGAAAAGUUAUCUGAUGAUGAAGAUGUAGACAUCACAGAUGAACUGGAUGAGUUGACUUCUCAAACACCACAAAAGAGUUCUGGCAACUAUCUUACUAUAGACAUUCCUAAUAGUAAAACUUGUAAAGCCAACCAAGGAGAAUUCAUAUGCUCAGAAGGCUUACUAGCUGCUGCUGCUGCUGCUUCUUCUGGGGAGAAUCUUCAGAACGUGAAGCAAAGUGAAGUAGAAGAAUGUUCAAGCUCAGCAAUUACAUCGUGGGCUAUGAGACAGAACAAUGAUGGCAAAAACUCAGUUGACUUAAGGGAGAGGUACAAUAAACUGGCUGAAGAGUAUGAUGUGCAAGAUGGAAAAGAAAUAGCAGAUGAAUCCAAGCAUUCCCCUUCUCCAGAAUCCUGUGAGAGUCAGCAGGAUUCAAGUGGAAAUGAAAUGCUUUUGCCUCCUUUCCAAAUGGUGGAGGAAAGCCAUGAGGGAGAAGAGCUUAAGCCACCAGAGCAAGAAGUGGAAAUAGAUAGAAAUAUCAUUCAAGAAGAAGAAAAGCAAGCAAUUCCUGAGUUUUUUGAGGGGCGCCAAACUAAAACACCAGAACGCUAUUUGAAAAUUAGAAACUACAUUUUGGAUCAGUGGGAAAUAUGCAAACCGAAAUACUUAAAUAAGACCUCAGUACGUCCUGGCCUGAAGAACUGUGGGGAUGUUAAUUGUAUUGGACGGAUUCAUACAUACCUCGAGUUGAUAGGAGCAAUCAAUUUUGGAUGUGAACAGGCAAUAUAUAACAGACCACACCCAGUUGAUAAAGUACGAGUGAGUGAUGCGAAAGAUGCAGAAGCAGCAUACCAGCUUGCCUGGCGCCUGCAGUCUAUGCGUACAAGGAGACGUAGGGUCCGAGACCCAUGGGGAAACUGGUGUGAUGCAAAAGACUUAGAAGGGCAAACAUUUGAGCAUCUGUCUGCGGAGGAGUUGGCAAAAAGAAGAGAAGAGGAAAAGUGCAAACCUGUUAAAUCUUCAAAAAUUUCCAAACUACCAAAAAGCUCACUUGAUCCCUUCCAACUGAUACCUUGUAAUUUUUUCAGUGAAGAAAAGCAGGAGCCAUUUCAGGUGAAAGUAGCUUCAGAAGCACUUUUGAUAAUGGAUUUGCAUGCUCAUGUCUCUAUGGCAGAGGUGAUUGGGCUGUUAGGAGGAAGAUACUCAGAAGCUGAGAAAACCGUUGAAGUGUGUGCAGCAGAACCAUGUAACAGUCUGAGUACAGGACUACAAUGCGAGAUGGAUCCUGUAUCACAAACGCAGGCCUCGGAAACCUUGGCUCUUAGAGGCUACAGUGUUAUUGGGUGGUACCAUUCUCAUCCUGCAUUUGAUCCUAAUCCAUCUUUACGAGAUAUUGACACACAAGCCAAAUACCAGAGUUAUUUCUCCAGAGGAGGAGCAAAGUUCAUUGGAAUGAUUGUUAGUCCAUAUAAUCGAAGUAAUCCUUUACCAUAUUCCCAGAUUACCUGCUUGGUUAUAAGUGAAGAAGUUAGCCCUGAUGGGGCCUAUCGUUUACCUUACAAAUUUGAAGUCCAACAGAUGUUAGAAGAACCACAAUGGGAAUUAGUGUUUGAAAAGACAAGAUGGAUAAUUGAAAAAUACAGGCUUUCUCAUAGCAGUGUCCCCAUGGAUAGAAUCUUCCGCCGGGAUUCGGACCUAACUUGUUUGCAGAAACUUUUGGAGUGUCUAAGGAAAACACUAAGCAAAGUAGCCAACUGCUUCGUCGCUGAGGAAUUCUUGACUCAAAUAGAAAAUUUGUUCCUUUCCAAUUACAAAAGCAAGGAAGAAAAUGGACCGGCUGAAGAGAACAGCACAAAGGAGUUGUUCUUGUAAUUAUUUAAAAGUUGCUGCUUCUUUGGAACUUCAUUUUAAGAUUGUACAGUUCCAAAAUUAAUGUGUAUUUUUUAAAGAAAACUAGUAGUUUUUCCAUUUCCCUGUGUACAUUUAAUAUGAACAAUGAAACAUACUUUGUAAAAUCAUCUUGAUGUCUGGAAAUAUACAAACUCCCAAAGCAAAAAAUCAGGAAUCCUGAGCUCUCAACGUAAUUUGAGCCAGCUUUGGUAUGUGACCUGGUCACAGUCACAUGUCUGAAAUCCAGGUGUCUCCGUUGAAAUUGAGAGAGCUGAAUUUUAUGACUUGGUGUCUCUUCAAGCCCAGAAGGUGACAAAAGUCGGCAGCCCCUCACUCUUUCGUGCUUCCCUUCCUCCUUACCUGCUUUUUCAUAGGCUGUUGGAACGGACCUAGGAGCAGAUGUUGAUUAACUUUCUUGAUUGGUGUUGCCCUAGAAUGUUGUUGAGUUGUUAGAAGUUCUUUGUCAAAUCUGGGUUUUUCCACAUGCCUGUGGUUAAUCAUAGGUACUCCCCUGAGCUACAUUAUAAGGACUUAAAAGAUGGCCAUUGACAGAGUGUAGGGCCCUGAGAACACAAAGUUUUAAGCAACUAUUGAGGGUCUAUUUUUCUGUCUAUAGAAUACAUUUAUAAUUUAUCUUAUGAAAUACUUUUAAAUACAAAGAAGUAUAUACAAAGCACAGAUAUCUCAAACCUACUGUUAAGAAAGUACUUCACACAGGAAUUAAAUUCUUUACCAGUUGUGGUUUUGGUUGUUUGUUUUUAGGUUUUUUUUGGAGGGUUGGGGGUGGUUUUUCAAGACAGUGUUUGUAUAGCCUUGGCUGUCCUGGAACUCACAGAGGCUGGCCUUGAACUCACAGAGAUCCACCUGCCUCUGCCUCCCUAGUGCUGGGAUUAAAGGUGUGUGCUACCACCGCCCGGCUUUCCUGACCAGUGUUAACAGCAUGAAUUUAGAACAUUCUGAUUUAUCAUGUGUCUCCUGUUGUUUCCUGUCUGUUCUCCAUGUGGCUUUCUUUUCUCUUGUCAUAGUGUCUACAUGCUUUGGCAACUGCAGAUGACUCCUAUGCUGACCUUGCCAACCUUGACCUCCUGAGAAUAGUUAGAGCCAAGGCUUUAAAGAAGCACAGAUGAGUCUGGAACCAAGGGGGCAUGUAACACAGAAGUUGAUGAAGCAGGCUCCUAAAGAAAAGCCCUUUAGGAAACAGUGUGGGUAGAAGUGGAGGACCGGAGACACCUGAGACCCUUCAUCCCAAGUUCUGUCUUUUUGGAGAAUACAACUGUAAAAUAAUGAUUUUAAUUUGUUUCCUGUUCUGAUUUUAUAAGGAAAUUUAAUAAUGGUACUUCUCCUAUAUUAGACUUAGUGUUCUUCAAAAAUAAUACUCAAGAAAGCAAAAUCAGGCCAUCAUUUAACCUUGAACCGUUCUUCUCCAGUCCUUUUAAAUGGCCUGGAGCUCCCAUUUCUAGAGUUGGUUUGACCCCGUGCUCACAGCUCAUGAGCACUUUUGCACACUUAGACCCCUUCCAUAAAAAACUUAAAUUUAUAUUUUAUAAUUGUGUCUGUGUAAAAUGACAGUAUUCAUAUUUUGGAUUAAAAUAUUCCUUUAAUCUAAAACUUGGAUUAUUUUUACUAAUAAAAUUAAGUGAAAUGUUUGUUACAUGCUCUGGGAGUCUGAGACACUGUGCCUUAUGCAUGGUUUGCCCUGUCUGUAUUCAGAAGGUGCUGGAAAAAUGCAAUUAGUGUUCUCUGUCCUCUUCCCACUGCCUCUAGGUUAUCUGUUGUCACUCAGCCCAGUAGCACUGCAGUUUCCACUCUCAUGGGCCUAUCCAUCUGAACUGCGUUCUUUCCCAUCCUAGCCAGAACUCAGCGUAUUGCUUAGCACCGUUCAUUCUUGGGAGAGAGGGCUAGAGACUGGGGGAGUGAGGGUGGGGAGACAGUAGUUAGACGUCAGUAGAUAGAUGGACGUUUUUUAUUCUGGUUCCUACUUUUGACAGUUUGUGCCCUGCCUCACAAGGUGAGGUCCCUUUCUUUCUUCCCUUUCAUCUCAGGCCCUUUUAUUCAUCCAUCCUCAUAGCUCAUAGGUAUAAGAUCUUUAUAUCAUUUGCUGGAAGUGAUAAACAGACCCAGUCAGAUUUCCCUGCAGUUGUUUAGUACUGGUUCAGGCUUCUCCCCAGAAUGUUCCUCCUUCCAGGCUGAGGAGUAAGUGAAGUCUGUGACAGGCAGACUGCAAGCACAUUCAGCCUCUUCAGUUUUCAGAACAAAGAAAAUGUCAGCCUCAGCAUGCCAGUCCAAGCUGUCAUGCUUUUUAGAUUUUAUGCUUUUUACCGUAUAUAUUGCUGUGUUUGAGUGCAAUGGAGAAGCUGAUAGAACCAGUAUGCCCAAGAGUGCUGCUCUGUCCUGUGCCAGCAAAAGCCACCUAAUUGACCUCCUGCUUGUCCCACACACUUGUAUGUCAUCAGCAGACAUCUCAUGUGAGUUUCUUAUCAGUAGUAGAGCUGGUCAACCAAAUUUUCUUUUUUCUUCUCUCACCUCUACCACCAGGAGACUUAAUCUGGUGCCACAUGGUAUGGCAUGAAGAAAGAGUACUUUCACAGAAGCACAAAGAAAAGCACAUGUUUUGAUAAACAUGUCCUCUUAUCAGCAUUAACAAAUUUAACAAAGAAAUUUGAUCUGCAUCUCCACUUUCCUAUUCUUUAAUAAUGCUCUUAUGACUUCAUAUAUUUUGUAAUAUGCCCAGAAAAAAAAUCACAGGAGAAUAAUGUACUGUAUUUAGGUUAUUAUUUCCUGACCUUUUCUCAAAUGGUUUUAUUCAUGCUUUCAUUUCCUGAAAUUUUGCUUUCUGGUAUUUCUUCUAAGCUACCUCAUUCCCUUAGUGCCCCCACUAGAUCACAAAAAAAUAAAAGCAUUCAAUUAAAGGGUUCUCAAGGAAACUAAACUUUAAAGGUGAAAUUAAAUCCCAGCACCUGGGCGACUUUUAUUCCCCUCCUUUGGUGUUUCUGUCAUAACUCAUGAGUCCCAGGGAAAAUGCCUGGUUUGUUUUCUCUGAGAUUUCCUAGUAGCUUUCCAGGAAUUCAUUAAGUGUUCUCACAGUUCAUGUUCCUGUUUCAUAUGUUAUAGAAUUGAGCCUGUGUGGUGGCACACACCUUUAAUUCCAGAACUCAGAAGUAGAGGCAAAUGGAUCUCUGAGUUUGAGGCCAGCCUCGUCUACAUAAUGAGUUCUGGGAACAGGACUGAAUAGUAAGACCCUAUCUUUAAAAAAAAAACAAAACAAAGAAAAAAUUGUCUGCUUUAGCAUAUGGAUUCUAAAAUUGUGGUUAGAUUUUAGCAUGGUUUAUGCAGAUGAGUCAUUUGCCUUUAAAUGUGUAGAGUGGAGUUGACUUGCAGAGUUACGUUAUAUAUAAGAUACUGCAUGACAGUUUAUAAACUUGUCACUCUUUUCCUACAAUAUUAGCAGUUUUUGUGAAUUUUUUCACUAGUUUGCAUUUUACAGUGUCCUACAAUAUAAUGAUUUAAAACUAUUUGUACAUUUAAAUGUUAUGCUACAUUGUAUAUACCUACAUUAAGAAUAUUGUAAAUAUCAGUGUUUGUAGAAUUAUGAAAGAUUUUCCCCAAAAUGUGAACUCAUCUUUCUAUACUUACUUGUGACAUAUUAAAAAUAACCUAAUUUUAAGCUUUGAUUAAGAUAUUAUCUCACAAUGAAAGCUAAGGAGAAACAUGCUACCACAUUGAUGUAAAUAAAAAUUUGAAAAUAAAACAGGUGUCUUUUGUAAA